AAGACUUCAACAACAGUUUCCAAGACCAAAAUUAGGUAAAGUUUAUGAAUUUUUUAUUUUGAUUUGGUCGAAGUGCUGUUCUUCUUUCUCCCUUUCUGUGGUUGAUUUGGGGUUUUUUGAAGGAAAUUAGGGUUGGGGAAAUUGAGAAGAUGUCUUCAGAAGAGGCCAUGAGUGUAAUGGGGAGUGAGGUGAUGCCCUUGGAUUACGGGAGCAUGGACUCGGAGAGCAGUCCAUCUCCAACUAGUUCGGAGAGGACAGUGGAGGAUAUAAAGGGGCGAAGGGUAGUAGAGGUAGAAGAGGAAGAAGAUGAAAUCCCUUCAAACAUUUUGGAGGCUGGAGGUGGUGUAGAUGGGUGUUAUGACCCAGAUUUAGAGAUAGUGUCUGAGGUGAGGGGGUAUGUGAGUGAGUUAGGUAGUAGGGAUAGUCUAAGGGGCCUCGUGAGUAACUGUAACCUUCCUCACCACGUUUUACUUAAGCCUGCCGAGUUGUCUGCUUGGAAAGCAAAGAAAACCAAGCAGAACAACUAUAAGUUGAACGAGGAUGAGGUGGAGGAGGUGGAGAAGCUGGUAAGGGAAGAUGGAGACGUAGUGGAUAUCUUGUACCUCACCAGUCAUAAGGCAAUAGAGGUUGUUGAGCUCUAUGGGCCAAGCUCAUUGAGCGAAACUAAGAUGGGCGAAUUUAUCAAUGCUACUGGAGGGCUGCGCAUCCCCAAGAAACCAAGGAAGAAGUCAAAGACUUCAACUGCGGCAGACAAAGGGGCAGCAGAGAAAGAGCGCAUGCCCAGCACUUCUGAUCGAGUGCUGAAGCUACAACAGAGACCAGAGCCUGCAAGGGGGGAUAGUGAGGAUGUGAGUGAAAAGGUGGCACCACUCCAGAGGAAGAAAAGGAAGGUGGCUGAACCAGAGGUGAGGGGGGAUGAGGUGACUGAGUUCAUGCCUUGCCCCUCUGCUCCUGAAAUCAAUCCUGAGGUCAGGGAGAGGGAAGGGGCCGAGGUGCGAGGCCCUAGCAGGGGCAAGGAGCUCAUCCCUCCUCAUUUGUACAAGAAGAGUUUGUUUGAGGCGGCAAACACGACUGGGGCGAAGCACUUCCUCAACUGUACUUUCCCUGAGGUGGAUAAGAGGCGGGUGAGGGAUGAGGCGGUGAGUCGGCUAGGAGCUACUGUGGUGAGGCAUGCCUUGGAGAGUGCAAGCUGGACAAACGCUCUAGCGCAAGAGUACGCGGAGAGCGUGAGAGAUCGUGCCAGCUUGCAGAGGCAGUGCAAGCAGCUGCAGAAGGAGAGGGAGGAGCUACAAAAGGAGAAGGAGGAGUGGCAGAAGGAAAGGCGGGAGAUGCAGAGGAGGCUGGAUGAGGUUCUUCCUUCAGUUACCGAACUCCAGAACGACAAUGAUGUCCUCAGCACGAAACUCGUUCUCGAAGAACGCAAGAGGAAGAUCUGCGAAGACAAGCUCGAGGCUCAGGAUAAAUAUAUUGAGAACCUGAAGAAAGGAGCAGCGAAGCUGAAGAAGAAUAUGAACCUGCUGGUUCACAAUGGGAUGAAGGAGCAUAUUGGUAACUUCCUCAACUCCAGCACGUUCGAGAACAUCAUCAACCUCUACCGGCUGCCUACCACCAUCGUGGCCUUCACCGACUGUAGAAAGAAGGUGAAGGCUCAGUAUCCGGAGGUGGACGUGACAACGGUCACUUUUGGGGAGCAAGAAAAAGGGGUGGAGGAAGAUGAGGGGCGCACCAUUUUUCCUCCAGCCUUUGAUGCUGAGUUGGUGGCCGUGGAGGAAAAAGAAGAAGAAGAAGAAGAAGAAGAAGAAGGAGCGCAAGGCGCUGGAGUUGAGGAUCAGGCAGUAAUGGCCGAAGUGCAGCCUCUCGAGGUGCAUCCAGUCUCCUCUAACGAGGUGCAGUAGCUAGCCCCUCCUGAAGCAGAAGUGCCGCCCCCGCCUACUGGAGAUGAGCCACCCCCACCACCUUUUCCUGUUGAGGAGCAGCCUCCUCCCUCAACAGAUUAGCUUAGGAAUUUUUGCAUUAUUUUUGUAAAAACAUUUUUUGUAAUUUGAUGUUUGAUUUAUUGUAUAAAAGUUUUGAUUUUUA